AUGUCCAAUUUGGCACCCCAUGCCAUCCGACAGGCCUCGCGGGCCUGUUCGAGGCAAUUGCCACCGUCACAGAGCUUGCUGAGACCCUUAUCCUGCACAGCUUCUUUCCAUCGCACAUCCCAACGGCGCUAUGUAUCGGAAACCAAGGAUAGAAAGGCUCAGACGACCGUUGACUCCGCCGUCAAAGCAGAGCAGCGACUGUUUACAGAGCAAACCGGGCUCAAGCCAGAUGCUGUGCGGGUACCAGGCACUACAGUAACUGGCGACACACUGUUGAGUCCGAAUGCCGGAAUCUUGAAGCAAGCGACCGUAAUGGACCAGGGAGCUCGCCCGAUUUACCUUGAUAUGCAAGCUACGACUCCCACCGAUCCUCGUGUUCUCGAUGCGAUGCUGCCCUUCCUCACUGGCUUGUACGGUAAUCCCCAUUCGAGAACGCAUGCAUACGGCUGGGAAACGGAGAAGGCUACCGAGCAGGCUAGAGAAUAUAUUGCCAGCCUCAUCGGCGCGGAUCCAAAGGAGAUUAUUUUCACCAGUGGAGCUACCGAGAGUAACAACAUGAGCAUCAAGGGCGUGGCGAGGUUUUUCGGUCGAUCUGGAAAGAAGAAGCACAUCAUUACCACACAGACGGAGCACAAGUGUGUCCUUGACAGUUGUCGGCAUUUGCAGGAUGAGGGUUUUGAAGUGACUUAUCUGCCUGUCCAAAACAAUGGACUAGUCAGGCUGGAGGACCUGGAGGCGGCAAUUCGUCCCGAGACCGCGCUGGUCAGCAUAAUGACAGUCAACAACGAAAUCGGUGUUAUUCAGCCAAUGAAGGAGAUUGGUGCCCUUUGCAGAUCUAAGAAGGUCUUCUUUCAUACCGACGCUGCCCAAGCAGUCGGUAAGAUUCCGGUUGACGUCAAUGCCUGGAAUGUUGACUUGAUGUCGAUAUCCAGUCACAAACUCUAUGGACCAAAAGGUAUCGGGGCUUGUUACGUUCGGCGCAGGCCGAGAGUCCGUCUCGAUCCCAUCAUCAGCGGUGGUGGCCAGGAGCGGGGCCUUCGCAGCGGCACGCUUGCACCCCAUCUUGUCGUUGGCUUCGGAGAGGCCUGUCGAAUCGCCAGCGAAGAUAUGCAGUAUGAUACCAAGCACAUCGAACGGCUUUCGAAGAAGCUUGUUGACGGCCUUCUCGCUAUGGAACAUACGACGCUGAAUGGCGACGCGGACCGCCACUACCCUGGUUGCGUGAAUGUCUCCUUCGCUUAUGUGGAGGGUGAAUCGCUCCUCAUGGCGCUAAAGGAUAUCGCGUUGUCAUCCGGUAGCGCCUGUACCUCUGCCUCUCUGGAGCCAGCUAUGUCCUCCGCGCACUUGGGAACAGUGACGAGAGUGCGCAUAGCAGCAUUCGUUUUGGAAUCGGUCGAUUCACAUCCGAGAGUGAAAUCGAUUACGUAUUGA